AUGGCGCCUAUUCCAAGUUUAAUCUCUCAUGCUUUCCGCCUGUGUUGCUCCUCCAAGAUCGCGUUCGUCCUUCGCCUCGUGCUCGGAUGCGCUGCAUUUGCACUCGUAGUCUUUACGUACAUCUGCUACUGGACCAUGUUUGCCACCGACCUCUCGCCGCAGGCGGAGGAGUUCCGCGACACGUGGGACUCGUGCGUGACGCAGCGCGCGGGACAUCUAUUCAAGCUAAACAUGCUGUCGGACCUGCAUUCGCAGAAGUGCACGAAUCUGGUUGAAGCCGCCGUCGCCAAAGGGGAGGCGUUGAUGGCGCGCGGGCGGGACUUGCGCGAACGCGGGGAGGCGGAGCACCAGGUUGCUGACGGGUGCACGGUGAAGUACGACGCGAGGGCGGAUCCGUGGGAUAACCAUCCGCUGCCUCCUAACAGGUUCUCCCAGUCGGGAUGCCUGCUGGAGUGGGUAAUCUACUCGUCUGAAUGCGGGGUAAACAUGGUGCGCCUCGCGGAUUUCGCGCACAUGGCGGGGAUCAGCUUCUCCAUAAUCGGAAGCCGCCAGCCGUGGACGGGCCAAGGCGGCCGCCUGCGCGCCAUCCGCGACUUCCUCGUGGCGCUGCCGCGCGAUCGCGUCGUGAUCACCACCGACGCCGACGACGUCUUUCUCAUGCCGCACCCCAAAUGCCGCCCGCAAAACUUCCUCGACGCCUUCUUCGCGCUCAACGCGCCCGUAGUUUUCGGCGCGGAGAUAUUCUGCUGGCCGGAUUGGAAGAAGCUAGAGCCGUACUUUCCUCAUAAAAGAAAUUCGUCUGUGAAUCGGUUUCUUAAUGCGGGAGCUUAUGGCGGGUACGCGUGGGCUGUGGCGGAGAUCAUCGAUCUGAUCUACGUACGCGACUGCAUGCAGGACCAGCGCGGGUUCAUUCUCGCGUUCCUCGCGCAGCAGUACCUCUUCCGCGACAUGCCGCGCGCGCCCAACCCCGACCCCUCCGCCGUGCGCGCCGCGUGGGAAUCGCCGAGCGACGUGGCGGAGGCGGUGCGCGCGCAGGCGGAGGCGGCGGAGUCGGCGAGCAGAGCGGCGUGGCGGAACAACCGCACGGUGCAGUUCGACUCCGCCAUGUCGCCGUUCCACCGCCUGCCCGCCAAGCCUAAGCAGCGCGUCAUGGACGACGCGCGGCUCGCCGGGCACAGGGGCGCGGCGGCGGUGAUGGCGGCGCCGUUCAUCAAGCUGGACCACUACAGCUCGCUGUUCAUGCACCUGGGGGGACUCAAGUGGGGCAACUUCACGAUUCUGGGUACAGGGGAGCAGGCGCUCGUGCGACAGGUUAAUUCGGGGGGGGAGGCAUGCAUCUUGCACCAGCAGGGGAAUAAGCUCACCAAUAUCUCCAUGGUGUAUAUUAUGAAGGAGACCGGUUUGGAGGAGCUGAGAGAGGCGCGAGGGUAUCUGCAGAUCGUGUUGGCUGCUGUCUCUGCAGCACUUUACUCAGAGAGGGGGAUGGGGGGAAGCAGAGAAGGGGACAUGGGGAAGCAGGGAAGGGGAUGGGGGAAGGCAGGGAAGGGGAUGGGGGGAAGCAGGGAAGGGGAUGGGGGGAAGCAGAAAAGGGGAGGGGGGAAAGCACGGAAGGGGAUGGGAGGAAGCAGAGAAGGGGAUGGGGGGAAGCAGGGAAGGGGAUGGGGGGAAGCAGGGAAGAGGAGGGGGGGAAGCAGGGAAGGGGACAUGGGGAAGCAGGGAAGGGGAUGGGGGGAAGCAGGGAAGGGGAUGGGAGGAAGCAGGGAAGGGGAUGGGGGGGAGCAGAGAAGGGGAUGGGGGGAAGCAGAGAACGGGAUGGGGGGAAGCAGAGAAGGGGAUGGGGGAAAGCAGGGAAGGCGAUGGGGGGAAGCAGGGAAGGGGACAUGGGGAAUCAGGGAAGGGGAUGGGAGGAAGCAGGGAAGGGGAGUGGGGGAAGCAGAAAAGGGGAGGGGGGAAAGCAGGGAAGGGGGUGGGGGGAAGCAGGGAAGGGGAUGGGGGAAAGCAGGGAAGGGGAUGGGGGAAAGCAGGGAAGGGGAUGGGGGAAAGCAGAGAAGGGGAUGGGGGGAAGCAGGGAAAGGGACAUGGGGAAGCAGGGAAGGGGAUGGGGGGAAGCAGGGAAGGGGAUGGGAGGAAGCAGGGAAGGGGAUGGGGGGAAGCAGAGAAGGGGAUGGGGGGAAGCAGCGAAGGGGAUGGGGUGAAGCAGGGAAGGGGACAUGGGAAAGCAGGGAAGGGGAUGGGGGGAAGCAGGGAAGGGGAUGCGGGAAAGCAGGGAAGGGGAUGGGGGGAAGCAGGGAAGGGGAUGCGGGAAAGCAGGGAAGGGGAUGGGGGGAAGCAGGGAAGGGGAUGCGGGAAAGCAGGGAAGGGGAGGGGGGGAAGCAGAAAAAGGGCGAGCCAGGCCUGAUUGAAACCCUUGACGCGUCAAGGUGA